AGUAAGCGAUCUAAUAGAGGGGAAAUGAAAUAAACCAUCUGAAUCUAAAAAUCUAUACAUAGAAACUAAUCUUCCCAAGUCAUAAUCGAGUCCAAAUACGUUGAAACUUGAGUUGUUAGAUGAUGUAUCUGAAGAACUGUCAUUCAAAUAUCCUUUUCUGGACACUCGAAAACUCAUCAAACUUGGUUUUUCUCAGUCCUUUACCAUUUAAAGGCCAUUCAAAUUUCUUUUUUUGGUAAAUAGCCAUUCAAUUUUCAGUAACUUGUAGUCAGAUAUCUUUCCAUUUAUUGAAGAUACAAAAUUUCACUUGCCUCUCUAUAAAUACUGUCAUCUCUCUUUGUUCAAUAUCAGAAGUUCAAUCACAACUUAUACGUUCCAAAGUUGUUUAGAGUUGAGAGUUGCAAUAAUGUCGGAAAGAGUUUCAUGUUACGACAAAAUGAAAGGAAAAGUCGAUCAAGAAGCUGUUUCAGAGUCUGCAGGAUUAGAUGAUCACUCUCUCGACUUAAGGCUUAUCAACAACGAUCAGUUUGAUCGUCCUGCAUCGAAGUUGGAACUUAACUUACUUGAUCGCUUAGAUGCAGGCUUUUCGAAGGUGUUGGAGUCUUCUGAGCAUAAGAAUCAUAUGAAUAAGAAAGAGAAGAUGAGAUUCUUCAUCUGCAAAGUGUGCAACAAGAAGUUCUCAAAAUCUCAGGCAUUAGGGGGGCACCAAAAUGCCCACAAAAAAGAACGGGCAGCCAUGAAAAGAGGGAAAGUACUUGACAAUUUGGUCCGUUUUGUUCAGCCAACAGCCUGUCAUUUUUACCCAUAUUCACCCAUGGCUGCUGCGCCAGGACCAGGUUUCUCUAAUCAGUAUGGCUCAUUUGAGAGACCUCUUGGGGUUCAACUCCACUCUUUGAUUCAUAAACCAUUUCAUGCAUUAUCUCAAUCUCGAUGGUCUCGACCGGAAUUUGCCAUGCAAAGAGCAGGUGAUUAUCUGGUUCCUCCAGGUGGGAGAGGAUUUCAAGUUCAGCAUAAGAAUCCGUUUGGGAUGUUUGAAAGUUCCUUAAAUGGGAAUGGGAUGUUUGGAAGCUCAUUACUUGGAAAUUCAGAAGCUGGAACUAGCAAGUUUGGUGGCUCUGGAGGGCUUAAUUUAUCACUCAAUCUCUAAUUCGAUUUAAUAAUGACUUUUUCUUGGGCUUUAAUGUUGAUUAAAUGAUGAUGGUUUU